GCCCGCUUGGUACGCAUCGCAUCACAUCAUGAUUGUCUGUCACUCGUGCCGCUUGGCUCAAGGUUGCUUGAUUGUCAUGCUGGCAGCGGCCCGUCCAUGCAGGUCCGUACUGAUUCUGCUAUCCGAGCCUGGGUACAGUACCUUAUUAUUGGGCCGCGAUAGGCCUCAUCGACACUUGGCCAGAUAAGUCAAAUCAAUGCAUCAUUGUUCAACCUCGUCGAGUCCUCUGAUGGCCCGCCCCGUUAGGCUCGCCUUACUGUACCGAUACAUACUUACGUCCAUGGAACCCAACCGCCCCAGCGACGUGGCGCCAGCCAGCGUUGGCUCUGCAUGGGCCAAUUGCGCAUGGGCACGAUGCAGCACUCGCUGUAAUCCUUGGGGUUUGGGCGCCUGUGGCCCAUCGCAAGCAGGGGACUGGGCAAUCAGACUGGGUUUUGUCAGGUCUGCAUGCUUUUUUCUCCAGCAGUCCUGUCUUGAGGGAAAUGGACCCAUCCAUCGUUCGCCUCAAGAAUACCUCUCGUGAAUGACCUCUCCGGGCCUCCCACCCGUUCGCCCGUUAUGAUCCGAGGCUUGCAUUUCGCAAAUCAAAGUUACUGAGCUCACAACCCUUCUGUUUUCUGGUGCCGUCCAAUAGACGUAUUUGCCAUUUUUUUUUUUGCUGAGCUGUCGCGCCCUGCAGUGCGCCGCAUGAUACCCCGACCCAUACUUCCUAGGUAGGUAGGAGGCUUAACAUCUUCAGGGCCUCGAGAAAUCUAAUACUUGGUGGCCCUACUGCAGCUACCCGAUCGCCUGACUGGCGUGCUGCAAGAAGCAAGAUAAUAGAGUUGCUCCCCGGAUUUUUAUCAUUGAGAUCUUUUCGUAAUGUCAGGUGCGGACAAGGUAGAGAAAUUCUCCGAUUUCUCAAAUGUCCAAUACUCCAGACCCGACUUUUCAGAUGCGGAGGAUGAUCCCGGAAAGGAUGAAUAUGAAGGCGGAUACACACAACAAUCACUAAUGAGAGUGCCCACAGCACCUACACCAUCACAGCCACCUUCAAAGAAAGACAAGAAGAAGUUAAAAAAGCAAAAAGAGAAGGCGGCUGCGGCUGCAGCUGCAGAAGCUGCCUUUGUGCUGCCUCCAGCACCAGACCCUCCAGCAGCUCCAGCAGAUGAUGAAUCCCCAGCAGCCACAACGCACAGCAAGAAGAACAAGAAGAGCAGGAAGAAGGAAAAGGAGUCAAAGUCUCUUCCAGUUCCUCCUCCUGUGCCAGUUCCCCCACCUCCAACUGCCGAGGAGAGCAAGGAGGCGGGGAAGGUAGAGGAGGAAGCAAAGGAGGAGACUGAAGGACCUGAAUUGACCGGAACACAGGACACGACCAAUAACGAAGACUCACCAGCUGUGGGAGAAGAGGUUGUCGAGACAGAGACAACAUCAGAGGAGCUGGCGUCGAAGAACGACGAGGAGAAGGAGGAGGCUCCUAAGGACACUGACGGCAAGGAGACACCCAAGGAACAAACAUCCCCUGAGGAGGCAUCCCAAAGGGAGGACCCCCCUUCGACUGAGACAUCGGCUGCUAAGGCUGAUGAGACACCUGUCAAAGAGGAAGCCCCAGCCCAAGAAGGCGCACCUAAGGAAGAGGGAGAGGCGCCCCAGCCAGAAGACCCCGCAGAUGAUACGCCAAAGGAUGAACCGGCAAGCGAAGAAGGCACUUCGGGCGAGAAGUCCGCAGUCGAAACCCCCGAGUUAGAAGACCCUGCGAUCGAGACACCAAAGGAUGAUACUCCAACGGCAGACGAAGUAUUGGUCAAAGAAGAUGCACCCGCUCCAGAGGAAACUCUCGAAGAGCCCACACCAACAGAGAAGGCUACAGAAGACUCGUCUGCAACGGAUCCCCCCAAAGAAGAUUUUCCGGCGACUAAGGAAACGCCUUCCAAAGAUGGGGUACCUGAAGCAGAGGAGGCUUCUACAGGUGAAGAGCCUCCAGCUAAGGACCAAACCUCAUUUGAGCCAGAAACAUCUGGGGCGCCAGACAAGGAUGGCGAUGGUGAUGACAAGCUUACAGCUGCUGCCGAAACAAAGCCUCUGAAUAAAAGUCAGAAGAAGAAGAAGAAGGAGAAGGAAAAGAAAGAGAAGGAAAAGAAGGAGAAAGAGGAGAAGAAGAAGGCAGCUGCGAAAGCCGAGAAAUCUCAUCAUCACAAGUCCAAACACUCACAUUCUUCAUCGAAAGAUGCGAAUAAUUCCAAAGACGUUACGCCCGACCCAUCAAAAGCCAUAGAGGACGAAGAAGGGGAGAGAAGCGUGACAGCUGAUCCGGCCGAGAAGAGCAACGACCCUGAACUUGGUGUUGAUUCCAAACUUGCGGACGAGACGCCUCCCUCCGCAGAAGGGGCGGCACUGGUUCAAGGAGCGAAGUCCGGAGAGGAGCCUCAGCCUUCUGAGGAUGCGAAGACUGCAGGAGAGGUUACACCAGCAGAAGAAGUGAAGCCUGAAGAUGAAGCUCCAGUGGAGGAUCCAAACCCUACAGAAGAGACUCCAGUCAGUGAGUCAACGCCAAUAGAAGAAACCUUGACAGCAGAAGCGAAGUCUGCAGAAGAGGCUUCCCCAACGGAGGAAGCGAAGCCUACAGAUGAAGCUCCGGUGGAAGAUCCACAACCGACAGAGGAAACCUCAACAGAAGAAGUCAAGUCUGUAGAAGAGGCUUCCUCAAUAGAAGGAGCAAACCCUGUAGUUGAAGGUUCAACUGAAGAACCAAAGCUCACGGAAGAGAUCCAAGCAGAAGAAGCGAAUCCUGAGGAGAACUCAAAGCACACUGACGAGAGCCCAGCAGGAGGAACAGUCGCGGAAUCCGAAGCAGAACACAGCCCUGCAGAAGACACGCUUUCCUCUUCCGAAGAUCUGGGACCUGCUAAAGAACCGACAACUGAAGGAGACCCAAAGCCUGAAGCAAAGUCUGCAGGCGAAAUUCCAGUAGAGGACAAAGCCUUACAAUCCGAGGUUGAGCCCCAGCCUGCAAACGAGACAUCAUCUUCACCUCCGCAUCCGCCCUCAGAUUCUGAGCUAAAUCACGCUGGCGAAGUUUCAGCUGAAGAGGAGGGACCAGUUCCAGACCCUACUCCUACACUGUCCACGGAAGAGGCUGCUCCUGAAGCUGCCAAAGUUGAUGAGGGUAGUAAGACUGCAGAAGCAGCUGAGAUUUCCAGAGCAAUGAGCGAUUCUAGUGACGAUAAAGCCACAGAGGGGAAUGAAGUUGCCACUCCUGUAGCAGCUUUGGAAUCCGACACUUCUGCUGUUGCUGCAACCAAGCCGACCGCCGAAUCAGAAGACGAUUUGGUACCAGGAGACACAAGUCCUGUGGAAGCAGGAGUCAAUGCUGCGGCGAAAGAAACACCAGCUGAAGAUUCAGUAGCCGAAAUGGCGAGCAAGGCUGUUGCGGGCGAGAAGGACGAGUCUAUUCCCGAGGGAACACUAUCGCCAGAGGACGCUGGAGAUAACAAGGAGCCUGUCAAGUCAGAGGAAACAGCACCUGGCGAAAAGGAAGCCACAGAUAUAACAACAGCUAGUGGUGUCGAUGAUAGGCCUGUCGAAACGGAAGUUCCAGCUGUUCCUGUUGAUACCGAAGUAUCUUCUGGCGGCAAUGAGUCACCCCCUGAAGAGGCCGAGGAGCUAGGCGACGGCAAAGCUCCUUCGCCUCCUGAGACGGAACUUGCCUCACCGGAUGGCAAGGAAACUUCAGUGCCAGAAGAUAAGUCCAGUGAAGAGGACCAGGUGAUUGAUGCCAAGUCAGCUGAAGUACUUGGGCUACAAGCAGAAAUCACUCAGGAUGAAUCGCCCAAGGAGGAAAUAUCCAAAGAAGAGGCCUCUGAGGCAACAAAGCCGACAGAAGAGGCAGCAGCUGUUGAAGACACAACUGCCACGACCGCAAAGAAGAAUAAGAAGAAAAAGAAGAAGAAAGGCGGGAAAAGUGGCGUCGCAACACCCCAGCCCGAGCCCGAGCCCGAGCCUGCUGUUGAGUCUGCUGCCGCCAAAGCUGAUUCUUUUGAACCAGAAGUCGGGUCUUCGACUGAGCCUGCGACUGAGGAGGAUGUAAAGCCUGAAUCGGCUAUAGAGCCUGAGGUUGACUUUGUUUCUGAGCCCGAAGCUGUCAGCAAGGCUAAAGUUGAAUCUCCCAUCGAGCCUCACGAAAUUCCUCCCGAGAAUGAGACUGAACCCAAAGCCUCUCCACAAGAAUCGCUACCCGUUGAGCUUAGCCCUGCCGAUGAUCCAGAGGCAAACCAUGACACGAUCGAGGCAGAAGGCAGCUGUGAAUCCGAUAUUGCGAAACCGGCGGAUUCUGGAGAGGAAGCGGCCAAUGAGACUGAGGCAACUGUCGUUACAACCACAAGUGGCGCUAUCCCGGAAACCACAAUGGAACCUACAGAAAAGAGUGAGGAGGCUAUUGAUACGACCGCGAAAGCUGGCAGUGAUGUAGAACACGGCUACAUGAUCUCGCCUGAAGCUGAAGAUGCCCCUACAAAGCAGGAAACGCAAAAGGCCGAACCUGAUGCUGAGCCGACUAAGGACGCGCCUACAGACGACCCCAGCAAUAAAGAACUCGACGCUUCAGAGACAGAGACCAAGAAUGGUGAAUCGACCGAACACAAUUCAAUUGUUGAUGAAUCGAAGCUCGAAAGUGUGCCUAUUGCCGAAACCACCCCAGCCGAAGCUUCCCAAGACGAUAACUCUGACAAACUUGAGAGCGGUGAGCCAGCUGCUGCUGAUCUCAAGACGGAACAAGCUGGAGUGACACUGGAAAGUGGUAGCUCGAGUGAUGACGUCCCGGAUAGGCAAUUGGACCCAGCUGAGUCCAAGACUAGCGAGAUUGGGGAGACCCAGGAAGAGUCAUCGAAGCCACAGGAAAAAGAGAACGAACAACCUGAUGCUACUACAGAAAAUCCAAAAGAGGCUGCAGAACCCGAAUCAACCGUCAGUCCUGAUACGAAUGCUACAGUAAAGGGCGCUGAGCCUGAAGAUGCAGCUACGGAGGCGAAGGGCGACAGCUUGGCGGAAAAGAGCGAGCCUGAAGCUGCGUCUAAGGAAGCAGACAACAGUGACAAUCCUCCCGAAGUGACAACACAGCCACCUGAGGAUGGUAUGGACACGAAAAGUGACUUGAUGGCUGAAACUAUUGUGCAAGAACCAGCAGCGGUCGAGAUGGAUAAGCCAGUAGUGACUGAAGGAGAAGUUAUUGGACCCCUAGCCACGGAGCCAAAGGAUGAAUCUCCUGUUCCAGACAUCUCUACACAGGAAGUCGGUGAACCGGACACUCCCACUGGUGAUGCGACUGAACCACUGCCAGCAGAGAAAUCAACAGAUGAUACUGAAAAGGAAUCGUCCGAUGUAGUCGCCGAGAAGGCGCCAAAGACAGCGGAUGAAACGAUUGAAGUGCCUGAGGUCAACGCAGAAACUCCAGGAGAAAAGUCAGAAGAGCUAAACCCCCACGAGGGAGAUACGUCUAACGAAGCUGCUCUUGAGCCUGCUGCUGCUGAUACUCCUGAGCCUGCCGCAGAUAAAGAUCCCGAGUUAGAGACGCCAAACGAAACCAUCGACGCCCAGGGAGACCCCGAGGAGAAUCAUAAGGAUUCUAGCACUCCUAGCGUAUCCAAUUUUGAUGAGGCGAAGGCUGAAGUCAAUAUUGAGGACGGCAAAACCCGGAGCCCCGAGGUAGAGGUUACUCCAAAGGAAGAUGUCGAAGAGGUCACAAAAGAUAUAUCAACAGGUGGCACUGAAGCUACUAAAGAAGCAGAGGGCACCAGCGAAAGCACACCCGACGAAAAUGACCAUCAGACUCGAGAACCAGCAAUCCCAACAGAAGACGACACGACAUCAGUCAAAAGCACCUCGACCUCUAAGGAAGAGCCAUCAGCAUCUGAAAAACCCGUUACUGAAGAGAGGAUCGACCCGGUUGAAGAGACACCAAGUUCAAAUGAGAAGGUGGAGAAUGAAUCAGCACUUUCCGUCAGCAACCCAGACCAAGAUGAAUCUGCCUUGAACGACAAAGAACAGGAUGCGCCACAGCCUGCACAACAGGCAGCUGAUGGUGCCAGUGUCUCCGACAACGAUCCUAAGGAGGUCACACCUGCAGCUGGUGAGGCAGGAACAACAGAUGAGACUGUGCCAAACCGACCAGAAGAAGUAGAAGAUAGGACCCCUGAAGAAACACAGGCUGCAGGAACACUUACAAACGGCCACGAAACAGAGGGGGCCUCUGAAGCUUCCGACGAGAAGGAAGCGGAAACAGAAACAGGGCCUCAGGCGCUUGAGCCGGUCGGAGUGGAGAACGACGCAAUAACUAAGGGAGAACAUCCAGAGGAGGCAUCUGAAGCUGUUGUUGAUCACAAGGACAAGGACAAGUCCUCAGAUACUGCAACCGAUCUACCAAAUGAGGCACCUGAUGAUGAACCUGCGGAACCGGCGACGGAUGCAGUUACUCAAACCUCUGAAGAGGAACCAGGAACUAGCGCCCCGGAGGCUGAAGACGGAACCAAGGAGGAAACCAACCCUGCUGGAGAGGUGUCAGCUGUAGAUACCCUUACUACUGACGACAAACCAGUGGAAGCUGCCGAAGCGAUCGACAAUGAAACUUCAGACGACAAGUCAGAAGAAAAAGCUGGCCCCUCUGAUACCAAGUUGGCCCCAGAAGUAUCUACUGGCGACGAACCCAAGGAAGAAGAGCCCACUAAAGAGACACCAGCGGAGAAGCCUACUGCCGUUGGUGAAUCUCAAGAAGCCGAGCCCGUUACAGAAUCUUCUUCCCAGGAGAGUAAGGCAGAGGCGGAAGCGGGGGCGGAGGCAGAGAUCAAGCCGUCCGAGGAGAAAGCAGCACCUGAAGAUCAACCGGCGGAGGGGGCACUGGCAGCUCAAGACGAGCCAGAGAAAGGCUCUGAAACCGCUGACAGCAAACCAGAGGAAGAGGCUACACUUGUCGAGGACAAGCAACUUGAGGACCCCUCAGCCUCUGAAGAAAAGCCUGACCAAGAUGGCAAAACAGCAGAGGAAGAUCCCGCAGCCGCAGCCGUGGCUGAAGAUGAUCCCAAACAGGCGACACCCGCAGAUGCGCAGGAAGAAACCAAUCAGAUUACCGCCGGUGGAACUGUAGAAGAGCUUCCCACGCCAGAGGAUACAGCUGCACCGGAGGAGAUAUCAGCCCAAGAACAAAUACCUGCAGCAACCGGGGAUGCAGUUUCUAGUGAUGUCAAGCCAGCUGACGACUCCAAGGUCUCCCAGGACGAGACGAAACCGGAAACACAAGAGCCUCUUGCACCAGAGGAGGAAGCUAGGCCUGCUGAAGAAGUGGCCCCAGAACCCGAAGGCGUCACGGCCAAAUCGCCAGAUGAGCCUAUUGAUGAGCCUCCUGCCGAAGGAGAAAAGAAGGAUGACCAACCAGUCAAGGACACAGCCGAGGAAGAGGCCAAGGCUAAGGAAGAUGAAGAAAGCAAAGACACCCUUGGGCCAAUUCCAAGUAACAAGAGACAGGCUAAAAAAGGUGAGGAACAUGGUUCAUUACACGAUACCCCUAUUGAUUUUGCACAACACUUGGGAGUUUUCACAGAGUUGAAUGAAGAGGUGGGCAACGGCGUUUUGGAGUUUGAUUCAGACGAUACCCAACACCAUCAAGGGAUUCCACACAGCGAGGAAAAUACAGCACUCGAAACAAUCACUCACCACCCGAGCCAGCUACCAGUGGUUGUAGCAUCGGGCGACCAGAAUAACCAAACUCUUGCAGAAACCACGAUGCCAGGGUCACAAGAGCCUAGCUCGGGCGAAAAAAGGAGCAAUGCAGCAGCGGAAGAUAAUUCCGCACCCCUAGAAUCGAAGGCCGAGAUUCUAGAUGAUGUCCAAGAGAAUUUGAUCUCAGCACAUGUGCCUCAACCAGGUCUGACACCUCUGUCUACGCCUAUUGACCUGGACGCUACCGAUGAUACCGGUCUGGCCGCGAGUCCCCCAGCCACCGAAGCCCAUGACAGCACUAAAAUCUCCACACCAGAUGCUCCACACGAACAGGGCCUUGCAGACCAAUCACGGAGCGCCGUCCGGGGAUUUGCUACUGAAAGACCUGUAAAUAUUAGCCUCCAAGACCCAAUUUCGAUUGCUGAGCCCCAGCCUCAGCAGCCUGGGACUGAGAGCGAGACGCAUGCCGAAGAAUCACAGUCAAAGCCAGCCCAGGACGCUCAUGAUGAAAAUGAGAAAUCUAGGAUAAUGGAGCCAGACCUGCCAUUCAUAGUUGCACGCAGCACAUCUUCAUCCCCGGCAGCUUCGGUAAUCUCUGAUGAGGAUUCAGAAACCUCUGUGCCCUCACGCACCGCCGCCAGUGAGCUCCAUCGGCAGCCUCUCGAGAUUCAGGACCCUGCCAGCCGCGUCAAAGCAGAAGCCGAUAAACCAUCUCCAGGGCUGCUACAACCAAUCCCUACGCCAGAACCAUCUUCUCAUGAGCCCAAAAUUCUGGAAACCGACUUUGACAACGUGUUGCAAACGUCGCGAGAGUUGACCCAAGACCCAGCUAUGAGGCGUGCAGAGCCAGAAGGGCAAGAGAAAGAAGAAUCAGACAUUUCAGAGGCUGAAUCGGUGGACAAUGAUGUUUCGACAUUGGAGGAACACAUGCAAGAACUUGCAACUCCAAGUCACGUCCGAGAAUCAGAGCCAUCAGAGGUAGCCAAGGCCACCGAAGCUCAAGAAAAUGCUAAAAUCCCGGACGACGCCACCCAGCCCAGCAAACGUGGUCUGACGGAAGAGACAACCCUUGGAGAGCUUGAAGAUUCUGAUUCUAUCUCACGCGACAGUUCACCAGAUGAAGCUCUUGGAAUCAAGUCUGGACCUGGAGAUCGGCCAUCUGCUUCCACGGACGCUGAACCUGUUGAUAUUUCUCAGAAAGCCAUAGCUUCAGACGAAGAUUCAGAUGAUGACAUCAGUAGCCUCGACCAACAGAGUGUUGCUUCCAGAUCCAACUCAAUCGACCAGGCAAUCUCGCUUGAGGGUCACCAGAAUCGACAAGUUCAGGCAGAGCCGGUUUCUCCUGGGGUAGACGAGCCGGCUACUGCUUUGCACUUGGAACCAAUCAAAUUGGAAGAUGCUGCCGAAGAGAUCAGUGAUCUUGAUGACUCCGGUUCCGAGGAUGACUCAGAGGAUGAUAAUUCUGAAACCAGCCCUAAAUUUGAACCUCAGCCAGCAACUGGUAUCAGUUUACCGGGUGACUCUGUUCAGGAAUCGAACGAACCUGUUAUCAAAAGACAGCCAAUUCCACCAGUCUUAGUUUCAUCAACUCUCAUCAAGGAGGAUGUUUCUGAUUCUGAUGAAAACGAUUCGCUGAGUUCGAGAGCCCAAGAUGGUCCCAGAGAGGACCUACGUGUGGGAGCCCAUGCGCUUGCUCUUGGUGAUGAUGACGAGGACGAGGACGAGGACGAGGACGAGAAUGAGGAUGGUGACGAGUCUGAUGUAGACCAAACUCAUAUCGUCCAUAAGGCCAACUCGCCAAAACUGGAACCAAGCUCUGUGUUGCAAACCACUGGUGCUCGACGUGGCUCGCCUUCUAAUGAUGAGGAACCGUCCGAGCCGCUUGAACCUACAGAUCCAAACCUUGCAGUCGUUGAUGAGCAACCCAAAGACAAUCCAGAUCGCGCAAUAGAUCAAUCUGAGGAGCUGGACCUUUCUGAUUCUGCUUCAUCACUGUCGAUGGCUACAGAUAUUCAAAAAGGAGUCGUUUCUUCUGAUCAGCCCCAGCCCAACUCUCCACACCAUGGUCUUCCGCACCCGGAACCUGAGACUGCCAUUCCAGAGCUAGCUAUUACUGCCCAGACUGGGGCAUCGUCUGAAGCCAAAUCAUCCGUCAAUCUUUCUAGGUCCUCCUCACCUGGGUCUGUGGAUGAGGAGCAGCUCGAUAGCACCGCAGUCCCGCGUAAACCGCUUGAACACUCUGAUGCCGAUAGCGAAUCCGAGGUUGAAGGGACAGAGAACGAAGCUAAAACUGAACCAUCGUCCUUACCACAGACAGUUCCUGGCAAAGACGAUUCACAUUUUGCUACUGGUGAUGAACCAGAACACCGCGGAAUAUCUGUUGCUGCUGUAUCUGUCGUCCAGCCAAACCACGGCUAUCUUGACUCCGAGAAGAUGUUGGAAACUCCUCGUACAGUUCAAGGUCGUGGACUUCAGGAUAAGCACGAAUCCUUGGAAAAGGUGUUGGGUGUCGAGCUGCCAGCCGCUUCUGACGAUGGACUCCAAAUCGAAAGCAGAUCUAUCGCCAGUUCCACAGAUGACGAAGUGGAUCGCAAGGCGACUGCGACAGCUGCCACCGAUGAUGAGAGUAACGAUGACCUCCCUGCCUCGAGGGAAAUCUCCCCCAUUGGCAUCGACAGAAUUUCUGCACCACAUCCGCCUGAAGUAGUGGAACAGCCAGCGCUUGAGGCAGAAACAAGUCAAGCCAAAAAUGCUAGAGUGGAUGGUACUGAUAUUGAAGUAAUGCCACCUCAUGAGACCGAAAAUAUCGGGACUCGAAGAACCACUCCUGAAAUCCCUGAGUGGCCUGAUAAUGAACCUGAGGGCGAUCGACCAGUGCACCGUGCCGAGUCUCAGGGGCCACCGGCUCUUACUUAUGCAACUUCAUCAGGGACAAUGAGGGGAGUCGAAGAUGAAUUUAGGGCCUUGAACGAGAGAAGUCCAGAUGAAGAGCAAAUCGAUAACUAUACCACAUUCGUUGGCCUUCGAGACCAACGUUUGCCAUCAGUGGAGGGCCCCCAUCGAGACUUGUCUGAUCACAUGUUGCACGAAGUCAAGACUCCUGACACGGAUGACACUCAAGGUUCGGAGCCAAAGCCCGUGCAAGCCGCCGAGGUGAAACCUCUAGAACUCGUCCGACCUGAACACAUGGCUGUCAAGGUUGUUGAUAUUCCUUCGCGCGACAAAGGCAAAGCAGUUGCUAGUAUACCGGAGAGUCCAAAGAGGUCUAGCUCUGCCUCGCGAUCGACGCGUCUGUCCCGCGCCGAGCCGCCUCGGACAUUCCUGACACAACAGCAGCGGCCACGAAGAUCACUUAGGGUUCGUCCUGUGACAGAAGUUUACACUAAGGAUCCCAUCUUCAUCCCUGCCGCGAGCCGACCAGUAGACACCAAGCCUAUUCAGCGGCCUCAGCCUCCUCGUGCUGAAAGCGAACCGGCCAAGGUGCCAGUUCGUCCACCGCUAGCGCAUCGAUCCUUGGAGUUGCAAGGCGAUCCUUCAACGACGGCAGUGCGGAGUGAAAAGGCCCCCAGACCUCGUUCUUUCCAGGCCGAAGGCGAGUCGUCCACGGGCCAUGUGAGGCACGAUCUCAGGCAUCCAGCAGUCACAAUUGAAGAGGGGCUCCGAGAUGCUGCGUAUCGAGCUGCCCCCUCAGCUGGCUCGACUGUUGAGGCUGAAGUCCAGAGAUCGCCGAGCCCUGGCAUCGUGAUUCCAGAUGCAGAUAUGAUUGAUCUACAGCGAGCCCGCACCUUACGGCGUACACGAAAGACAUCAAUUCGACGUGCUGAGGACACGCUGGCCGCCGCCGUAGUCAUAUAUGCUACUGCAGAGGCCCUCAGUCCUCCCGGUAGCCCUUCACCUUUCAUUUACCAAAGAAACGGGGGGCUUCCUAAUCUGGAGCAUCAGAUGGAUGCCGAGCCCAAUGAUUACAAUUUUCCAGCCGUUUCUCCUUCCUUGAGGAGCUUUGAUGAUGAGAUCGAAGAACUUCACAAGUCUAAUGCUGACUUGUUUACAGACGAUAGGAGCAGAGAAUCUGACUCGUCGCGAAGCGAUAGAGACAGAGAUAGACAUCGUAGGCGCCGACAUUCUCAUCACUCGAACCGCUCCGGCGGAAGCCGUGGUGAGGAGGACAGGGAGCGCAGGUAUCGCGGCGACGACGAGAGGCGAGCUCAUCGGCCUCGGGAGGAAGACGAGGGCCGUCACCGCCGACUGUCUCACCGCGAGGGCGAGUCUCGAUAUCGUCGCCAUCGCGAAGAAGAUGAAACGCAAGCUCGCGACUCACGCGGUGAAGCUGACGCUAAACUGAGGAGCUCUCGCGGUCCCGAAGAGCCAAGAACUAGAGGGUAUCGCCGAGACGAGGACUCCCGGCCACGUGAAUAUAGGAGGGCUGAAGAACCAACUUCACGUGCCCCUCCCCCCCAGGAGGAUGAGGGCCGAGAGCGCAGACGACGAUCAUCUGGUACUCAUCCUUAUCGACGCCAUCGAUCCGACACGGUCGAAUCGGGCCCUCCAGGCACGCCACCCAGAACACCGCGACGAGACAGUGGCUUUUCUGCCGACAAUAGUUCUGGAAGCUCUGGCCGCAAACGUCGAACCCCUGAGGAACAGGCUGCCCACGACAAACGCAGAGCAGAAAGGGCAGAACGGCGAGCACGAGAGGAAGCUAGCGGAAGGCGUGAACCCUCGGGAUAUCGAGAGGAAAAGGAGAGCAAGGGCAAAGAGCCUGUUCGUGAACAAGAACCAGAACCAGAGCCUCAGCCUCAGCCGCAGCCUGAACCCGAGCCGGAUCGACGACAUCGCCGCUCGCGUCGGCAUAGCCAUUCCGAGAGACCUCGAUAUGAAGAACCCAGGGAACGUCCUCGAGAGGAAUCCGUCCCGCCUGCUCCUGUGCCUGAAAAGAAGUUCUUUGCCGUCAAGAACUCGGAGGGUGUCCUGGGCAGUACCACACCGCCACGUGAGGAGCCCGUGAUCGCCGAACCUGUCAGGGAACGAACGAGGGAGGCCCCACUGGAGGACUCACCUAAAAGGUCCUCAACACGUCAUAGACGCACUCGCCCUUCUACCGAUGAACCACGUCCUCGAUCCUCGCGCCGCCCUCGUGAGGAGCCUGCCCCUGAACCAACUCGAGACAGGGACAGGGAACGGGAGAGAAACAGGGAGAAGAGUAAGACGAGAGAUAGGGACAGAGACAGAGAACAGGAGCCUCGACCUGUCAAACACGUCAGGAUGGACACGGAGGACUCUCGACGCAAAGCACGCCACGAAGAACGACGUAGAGCGCAAAUGAGGGAGGAAGAUAAGAAGCCAUCGGGUAUCAAAGGUGCGUUCAAGAAGCUGUUUAGCAAGUCUUGAACAGCCAAGAACGAGAGAAGGGACAGAUUGUCUUCACUUCGGUUUUUGUAGUUUGAUGAUAUUCUUUACGUAUGUAUGUGACGAUAAGGGAGGUUUUUGGGUUUGUUGACAUGAUGAUAUGAUUUCUCUGGAAGCACGACAGGCACGUUUUCUCACGCCAUAAUUGCCAUAUAGAUUGACGACAAUUUAUGAUUCGUUUUAUUUAAGAAAGAGAUAUGUGCUCGUCAUCGGA